CAACUAGCGUUCCCAUACCAGAACUAUCCUGACCAGUUUACCUAUGUUAAAUUAACUGUACUCAGUUUUAGUGCAUAGAAAAUUUUAUACGGACACUGCCUUUUAAUAUCGCUGGAAAGACCCAUCAUUCUGAAUGUAAACACGUCCUGACAUGGCGCAUGCGCACUGCGUCAAACGUACUCGUAUGUUGGGACAUUGUGCAGUUUCAAGCCUGAAAAUGGGGGACAAACAGCAAUAAAAGUAAAGUAGAAGGCUUAUUUAACACGCGUUUCUUCGGAUCAUUAGGAUUUUACCGUGGGCGAACCAGCAACUACACACACCAUUGUUGAUAUCAACUCUAUAGGAGCCAUGGUUCAUAGGGUAGAGGCUUUUGUUCGCCAUGAAUAUGUGACCCAAAUGCUUUUCUAAAGUGGGAUUGUACUCAAACAACUGUGACUUAAGCCCAUCUCAAACAAGACACCCAGUUAGUGUCCGAAGAGAGAUUGGAGAUCCUUUUGGUGACUCUCCUGACAGGACCAGACAACAUCCGAUCUUGGACAAGACUGGGUGGGAAAGCUGAACGGACUUCAUUGCCUUUAAAGCUUGGCAGAGUGUUGGCUGUCGCUUCAGAGGCUGGCUCUGUGGGCACAGAAACACUGUCAUCUCAAGCUAAACAAAUGGGGGGUGAAGGCACCCCUGUAAAAAGUAAAACUCCUCUUGGACAGACCAACACCAUUGAUAACAAGCCAGAGUUUGUAUCCAUGAAUUCACAUAGUAAUUCUAGAGACCCUGUGGGUGAGAAAAGUGCCAAAGGGUUAGAGACUAUGGGGGUGUCUAAUGAACACUCAGAGGGCAAAAGGACGAAUAUGAGGAAAAUCACCAGUCAUCCUCACGCACAAGCCACUUGCCUGAAACAACUGCUUCUGCUUCAGCUGGACUUGAUAGAGCAACAACAGCAACAGCUGCAGUCUAAGGACAAGGAAAUAGAUGAACUCAAAUCAGACAGAGACACGUUGCUUGCCCGUAUUGAGCGGAUGGAGCGCCGUUUGCAGUUGUUAAGUAAGGAACCACGUGACAAGAGGCUCUUCCAGCCACUAGAAAGAUGGGUUCCUGAAACAGAUGACUUUUGGGAAUCACAUUUGGGUGACAGCUCUCAAACUCAGGCAUCUAAGUCAAGUGGCAAAGUGCAAAAGAGGAAGUUCAACUUGUUAGAUGCAAAGAAUCAGAGGUCAAGGGGUAAGACCUCAAAAAUGAUCCCCCAAAAAUUAGAGACAGGAGGGACAUCACCAUGUCAGCGUGACCUACGAAACAAGGAGACCCCAGAGAAGACAAAUGUUGUGAAGUCAUCUGGGCAAAUGGACCCGCAGCAGGAGGGAGAAGACAGCAAAGAAACGGAAGAUCUUCCGUUCAUGACAACAACUGAGAUGUACCUAUGCUGCUGGCAGCAACCUCCAGCCUCUCCAUUACGGGAAGAGUCUCCAAAGAAGGAAGAGGAUGUUGCAAUCCCAUCAUGGAGGGAAAACACCAUGGAACCCCUUCAGGAGGAAGAUGCUGUUGACAUCCCUGAAAGUCUUGAUGACAGUGUUUUUCUGAAGCGCCACGCAAAGUUAGAACUGGAUGAGAAGAGACGAAAAAGAUGGGACAUUCAGAGAAUACGUGAACAGCGUAUGCUUCAAAGACUGCAGCAGCGCAUGGAGAAGAAAAAGACAAAUGUUCAGGAGAGCGAGCCAGAAUUGUCCUCGUUUUAUCCUGAUGUGGACAAUGUGGAGGCCAUCAUGGUAACACCCUUUCUGCCAGUAGUGGCAUUUGGUCGGCCUUUGCCCAGUUUGCCUCAACAAAACUUUGAGCUGCCCUGGCUUGACGAAAGAAGUCGAUGUCGCAUUGAAAACCAGAAGAAACAAACUCCCCACAGGACCUGUCGGAAAUGAGUUGCACAUAUUCUUGCUAUGUGUCCGAGUUGAGCACCACACAAAGGAAUACUACUUCAUGUCCUGUGCCAGAACAUGGGGUUGAAGGAAGCAAAGCAGGGUUUGUUCAGUCAGGUGACAGAAUAUUAUCUCAUCAUAACAGUUUUGUGUCCACCUGCCUUCUGCUCGCACAGAGACUGUUUAGGCGAGAAAGAAAUGGCAGCAUUGCAGCUGUGUAUUCAUUUUAUUGUGCCCUGAUAAUAAAGCACUAACUGCCCGGCUAACUGCUACUUUAGUUCCCUCACAGUCAGUGUGUGGCCUUGAUUAAAUCCUUUUCUUGUAGUCCUGUUCUGUGUACUUUUACUGAGGCUAAGUGAUAUUGAUUAUUGCAGGCUCCACUGCAAAUACUGUUUUAAUGUGCACUAAACUGUGGUUAUGGAGUACUGCUGCACAUUUGCAUGUAAUGCCUCAAUAUUUGUGUUGAGAAUGACUUUAAAGAGCUUGUUUUGUUUUUGCAAAUGUAAUUGUGCAUGAAUGUCUUGCUAAAUCUUAUGCCUAAAAAUGUACAUAUUUUUGUAAGCAUAGUGUAGUUGUUUAGAGGGAAAGAAAUUGUCAGGAUUAGAGUAAGGAUGCUAAAAUGUGUAGAUGAAUGCCCCGAUGUAAAAGAGUAAGUAUGGAUUGUGUGUAUGGCCAUUCUAGUGUCUCUGAAAAUGUUCAGCAUCCCAUGCAGGUUUAAAGACAAUGCCCUUAACGUUAUUUUUGGAUCAGUUAGUUGGUCUGUUGAUGUUGUUUUUGUUGUACCUCAACUUUCUUAUUGAAAAUCCAUUUAUUUUACACCUCCAUUUUCUUAACCUUAUCCAUGUCCAGAAGUGUUGCUAGUCAUUAUUCAUUUUGCAUAAAUUCUGUGUCUCAUGGGAUUUAUUUCUGGGCAUUUCCUAAAGAUAUUCUUGUUCUUGUUAAAAGCGAUAACCUGAUUUUGUGUGUAAAUGUGUUGAUUUUGUGAGCACCACACACAAGGUUUUGAUUUCUGAUUUUUUUUCCCCCAAAUGUCUACAACUGGACCUUUGUAAAUAUCUCUACUGAGACACAUUGGCUGUAAAUAAGGAAAACAUUGAUGUUAUUUUUUUAUUUAAUGUUAGAAAAGUGUUGUUUGUUCAGCAUAGAUAUUAUAUUGAUAGCAUUAUUUACAAAAUAAGAAUUUUUGUUUUUAAAAAAAAAUAAAAACUCACUUUGUGAUUUCCUAAUUGACACUCAGUUUUUAAUGUCUUAUGUGUCCAUAUUUGUUCUUACUGUAGUAUUUAUUUUAUUUUUUCUUUCAAAUCCCUUGAUUCGGCAGCUUAGCAUUACAAAGAUGUGAUUUGGUCAAGAUUGUGAAAACAGAUUACAUUUAUUGCAAGACUAA